AUGGAGUCUCCGAUACUUCAGAGUAUCAAUUCUAGUUGGGUGAUAUUUGUAGACAAUCUUUUGAUUGAAGAUGUUUGCAAAAAUAAACAAAAAGCGAGUAAAAAGCAGAAGUUAAAUGAUUUGUUCGUUGAAUGGAGAAAACAAAAUAUUGUGAUAGAUAUAACAUUUCUGACAGAGAAACGAUUCGAAAUUAGGCACAAGGCCAAAAACCUUUUCCAAAGGCGUUCCACUAAUACGAACGCUGAUACUGGUGAUUGUGAUGUUGAUAGUGGAAAUGGUCCCUCUAGUAGUUGGGGUGAUGUUAGUAGCAAACGGAUCAGUGUUAGUAACAGUAAUAAUAAUAAUGGUAGCAACAUCAGUAGCAAUUCUUGUAGAUGUAGUAGCAGUAGUUGUCACAAGAGUAGCAGCUUUAGUAGCAGUAGCAGUAACAGUAGUAGUAGUAGUAGUAACUUACUCAACUACCUCUUCAACAUCUCUGACAAAAUCCUGGCCUAA